AUGUCGACUUCCAAGGACUUCCAUACACGGCUCUUUAUUAACAAUGAGUAUGUGUCCGCUAAAUCAGGAACCCUCUUCGCCGUCCGCAAUCCCUACGACGAUUCCCUCAUAUCCGACUCGGUCCACCAUGCUGGUCAGGAAGACGUCGACGACGCCGUGUCCGCCGCUUUAAACGCAUACAAUGGUCCAUGGGGGUCCAUGCCCGGGCAAGAAAGAGCCAAACGAAUGCUGGCGCUGGCAGACUUGCUCGAUGCCCACGGCGCUGAGCUGGCUGCCCUGGAGAGUCGAGCGAUCGGACUGCCCAUCACUAUGGCGCGGGGUAUAGCAGGCUUUGUGGGGACGAUAUGGCGCUAUUAUGCCGGAUUCUGCGACAAACUUCCGGGGGACUUUGUGCCCGAGGGGGACGAUCGCGUGUACAAGAUUGUUCGACACGACCCGUUUGGCGUCUGCGCGGGGAUCGGCGCCUGGAAUGCGAGUCUCUUCUUUUUCAGCAUGAAGAUUGCGCCCGCGGUCGCGGCGGGGAAUACAUUCAUCUUCAAAUCGUCGGAGAACUCUCCACUGGGAGCGUUGCAGAUCGGGGAAUUGAUCGUCAAAGCGGGUUUCCCGCCCGGCGUCAUCAACAUACUCAACGGUGACGGAAAGACGGGCGCACUUCUAGCGUCGCACAUGGAUAUUGGCCGGCUGAGUUUCACCGGCUCAGUCGAGACCGGGAAGAAAAUCCAGAUCGCGGCAACCCAGAGCAAUUUGAAGAGAGUCACGCUGGAAUUGGGCGGCAAAUCCCCGUCGAUAAUCUUCGAGGACGCGGACCUGGACAAUGCUUUGUUGCAUUCUUCGCAGAGCUUCCUCGUUCAUUCCGGUCAAAUCUGCGUGGCUGCGUCGCGGGUGUUGGUGCACAAGUCUAUAGUGGAUAACUUUGUGACUGGGCUAAAGGGGAGAUUUGAGGCGCUCGCGGGGGCAUCGGGCGACCCCAGCCAGGAUUCCACCUUCCUCGGCCCGGUGGUCGAUGCCGGCCAAAAAGACAGGAUUGUCUCCCUUGUGGAGCAGACGCAAAGCGGAAGCCCGAGUGUGGUCCUCACUGGGGGCAAAGCUAAUAAGAAUUUCGUGACCCCGACCAUUCUGCUCAACCCUCCUCUUGACUCGGCUGCCUGGCGGGAAGAGAUAUUCGGUCCUGUUGUCUGCGUUCGCUCCUUUGAGACGGAAGAGGAGGCAAUCAGCUUGGCAAAUGGGACAACAUUUGGACUGUCUUCGUGUGUAUUCACACAGGAUAUUCCUCGAGCACUGCGGCUUGCGAAACGUCUCCAGGCCGGAGCAGUUGCAAUCAAUGCCAAUCACCAGCCAGAUUAUGAUCUCCCCUUGGGAGGUUGGAAGCAGAGUGGUAAUGGGAGUUAUGAGGGUGGCCGGGCAGCGGUGUUGAGCUAUUUGCAGGCAAAAGCUGUUCUCAUCAAUUUCCCGGCGGCCAAGCUAUGA